CUAGAAACUUCAGUAAUAAGUAGUAAUCAGCAAACUAGUAAUGUACUAACUAGCAUGAUUAACUAGUAAUUAAUAACUAGUUAACUAAUAAUUUCUGUAAUGUAACUAGGUAGUACUCAGUCAAGUAAUAUAAUUUUUAUGUUGUAUCUAUCUUAUUUAACUUUCUACAACUAGUAAUCUCUAAGCUAUUAACCUCAACUCUUAAUUAUGUUUAUUGUUUGGAUUCUAUACAAUUUUUCAAACUAUUAUGAGUAUUUAUUUUUAUGAUUUUAAAAAUAUGAAAGUAUUAGUUAUGUGAGUUUUGAUAAAUAAAUAUUUGAUUUUCAAAAAAUUAUUAAACAUUUAAACAUUUACCAUGAAUGAAGAACUUACUAAUGAAUUUAAUACCUCCAAAGUUGUUACUGAAAACAAAGAUAAAAUUGAGAUAUUAUUGAAAGCAACUGGUAAUGCACCAAUUCUCAAGACAAAUAAAUGGAUGGUUGAAAAAGAAAAAACAGUGGCAUCUAUUAAUGAUUUUUUACGGAAACUAUUAAAACUAGAACCAUCUGAUAGUUUGUUCUUAUAUGUGAAUCAAGCAUUUGCACCAUCACCUGAUCAGACAAUGAAAAAUUUGUAUGAAUGUUACAACACAAAUGGUCAUCUCAUAUUACAUUAUUGUAAAACCCAAGCUUGGGGGUGAGAUCAUAAAUUUCACAAACUUACAUUUUGUUUCCUAGGAAUUAAAAAUGUUUAAAUUUGUGACAUUGUAUUAUAAAUUUAUAAGUUAUUAUAAUUAUAGAAUUUUUUUUAUUAAUAAAUAUGUAUAUUGUGUAUAAAAAUAAAA